UGCUCUAAUUCCAUUUGUUUACAAUGGACCAAGCCAACGAUUCCGACUCGAAUGAGGUUUUAAUUGAAGAAAUUGAGAGCAACGAUGUGCCGGAGAAUGAGCUGGAGCAAUUCCAGGAGACGGAGCCCCUCAGGGUUGUGGACAUCAUAGACAUGUCAACGGGGGAGGCCGAAGACAGUGACCAGAACAACGAUGACGAGGAGGAAGGAGCGCUCAUCAAGCGCUACGUGCAGGGUGUCCAGUGCCUAGAGUUUCCCGACUUUUGCACAAAGCUCGAGCCCAGCGACGAAGACGACGAAAACAAUGGCGUGGAGGAAGCAGACGGCGAUGAGAGCCGGGAACAGCCCACAGUUUCCGCGCAGAGUAAACCGACGGUGGGGCAGCAGCAGGAAGGGGCACGCUCCGGCGGUGGCGGGAAUCUGGGUCGCAAGAGUCAGCUGAGCCACGCUCUGCAAGGAUUGAUGGGCGAGGCGAACCUGAGCUUCGCCUACGGCCGCUAUGAGACAGCCGAACGCAUUUGCAUGGAGAUCAUCCGCCAGAACCCGCUGGCCAGUGAGCCCUUCUACACGCUGGCCGAGAUCUACGAGAAUCGGGACGAGGUCAAGUUCCUGCACUUCAGCACGCUGGCGGCCCACUUGAAUCCCCAGGAUCGUGACAUGUGGAUCAGAGUCUCCGAUUUGCUGGUGCAGCAGGGCAACAUGGCACGCGCCCGCCUCAUCUACACCAAGGCCAUCAAGGUGCUGCCGAAGGGUUACCUGUUGAGGCUGCGCAAGGCGCAGCUGCUGGAGAAAAUGGGCGAGACGAAUGCGGCCAUGUUCACGUACCUCAAGAUGCUGCCGCUGAUGCCGCCCGAGGAGUGGAGCACGUGCCUCAGCACGGCCAAGAAUGUGGCGCGCUUCUUUCACGUGCUGGAGAAGCACACGAUCGCGCUGGAGGCCAUGGAGGGGGCGUACAGUGUGUGCGGAGCACGCUUCAGCCUGGAGGAUCUCAACAUGUACCUGGAGCUGCUGAUCCUCAACAAGCGAUACUCCAAGGUGCUCAGCUGCCUGCGCGAGCGGACAAACUUUGAGCUGGAAGACGACCAGGAGGAGAGCCUGGAGAUGAUCUACUUUUGCGUCAUACCCGACGACUAUGCGCCCGAGCUGAGGGCCAAGCUCUGUGUGAGUCUGAUCCAUCUGCGGGCCCACCACCUCCUGGGCUACCUCAUCCAGAAUGUCCAGGAGCACAUCACGCUCACCGUGGACCGCGUGGAGCUGUACAUGGACAUCACGGAGGCCCUGAUGCAGGAGCACAAGUAUGCCGAGGCCAUAGCCCUCAUGAGUCCCAUCACUGACGGCGACACCUUCGAGUGUCCCGCCUUCGUGUGGCUGCGGCAGGCCGAGUGUUUGCGGCAGUUGAAUCGCACCAAUGAGGCCAUCCAGUGCUACCAGCGAGUGGUUCAGCUGGCGCCCGUCUGCUACGAUGCGAAGUUCACGCUGUCUGCGCUGCUGAAGCAGCAGGGCCGGCACGAGGAGGCCGUUGAGGCGCUAGAGCAGUCCGGGGAGGUUGAGGGUCAGCCGCUGAUUGCUCGCCUGCUGUACGAGCGAUGCGUCAUGCUGAAGCAGAUUGGACGCAUCGAGGAGUUUCUGGAUGUGGGAUAUGUGCUGCUCAGCAGACACUCCAUCAAGCUGAAGAAUCGCGAGGAGAUGAUAGCGGCGGCCAACGGUGGGAGCACCUACAAUGCCGAGAGCCUGAAGGCCAUAAUGCAGAUGCGAAGUCUGGCAGCGGGAGCGACAGGAUCAGCAGAGCCCGAGCAGCAGGAUCCCGGCAAGAGUGCCGCUUCGGAGGCCUCCGAUCUGACCAUCAAGGAUGAGUAUGAUUUGUUUUUGGAUCUCAUGCGCACGGCACACACACACGGCAUGCACGGUGUCGCGGAGAAGCUCUGCUUUGCCAUGGUCACCACCAAGCGGUUCACGUAUUACCAUCACGAGAUUGAGCGGAUAAUGGUUUUGGCGUGCUACUUCAAUGACGAUUGCGCGAUUGCGUUCUCGUAUCUGCGCGAGCUGAUUGCCAAGCAGCCGAAUCAGGUUAACCUGUGGAAUCUGCAAUCGCUGCUCGUGCAGAAGGGGGAGGACAUGCGCUACUGCCGCUACAUACGACGCCUGCUGAAUCGCCAGCCGCUGGUCGAUCAGCAUAUGCGCAUCUUCCUGGGCCACUACCAUCUCAAUUGCAGCUCGUUCAAGUACGCCCUGAACGCGUAUGUGCCCAUGCUGCGCGAGCACCCAGAUCCACUGGUCGCACUCUCCAUAGCCGUCGUCUUUAAUCAGUUGGCGCUGCAGAAGAAGGUGCUGCGCAAGUCGGCAGCUGUGGCCCAGGCGGUGGCCUUUGCCGAGCGCUACAAGGAGCUCCGUUCCGCUGGCGAUGAGUUCUCCAAGUGCGCGGCGCAGCAGGAGAUUCUCUACAACAUUGGACGCAUCUACCAUCAGGCCAACAUACUCCACCUCGCAGUUGAGUACUACGAAAAGGCGCUGGCCGUGCAGCAUCCACUGAUUGACGAGCAUGAGGAUACGCUGGGACUGCAGCACGAGACGGCCUUCAAUCUGCAUCUGAUCUACCGCGCCAAUGGCAACCACUGGAAGGCGCGUCAGUAUCUCAUGCGCUACUGUGUGGUGUGAUUUUGUGUUUAUCUUUAUUAAAUCUUUUAUUAUUGC